AUUGUGUGGACUAUUAUCAGGUCAUAAGGCAAAUCUAAAUCUAGUAAUUCAACAAAUGAAACUGCAUGCUCGGUUUGUAAGAGACGACUGUGUGCAGCACACAUCCAGACACACUGAUGAUAAUGACACUUCCGUAACAACUGCCCAGCAGCUUGUGCUCAUGAGCAUGCAUGCACCCAGAGGUGGGUUGCAGUGGAGAUAUCAGCCCUGUGGUUUGAGUGCUUCUAUUUACUGUACCUUUGUUUCUAUUGUGUGCGAACGGGCCAUUUGUCUGGCUCUGUAAAGGGCUACUGCCUGCCUCUCUGAAAACGAUGUGUUGACAGCCGGUGUAAAACACCCUUUAGCCUUUGCACAGUCUCCAUGAGUCAGCAGAACUUUCUAGUAUUAUGGUACAGUAGUAAAUGCGAGAACCUGUUCCCCAGUUACUUCAACCCAAGCCAACCAGGGUGUGAAAUACAGAACAAUGGAUGCAACGUGUUACUUACCUAAAGUAUGCAUGUGCCUUUUUACCACUGAACAUGACAAGCGCUCGAUUUAGUUCAUUUGUGCUGUCAAUGUAAUUCAAGCACACCCUGGCGUUAGCGUCCUCCUGUGCACAAACCUGCUGAGACGUUCACAUGCAACUUGCCAGAAGUAUGAUUGCUGGCAAAAACAGGUUCUGUUUAUCCCGUUUGAAUGCGCAUCACAAAACGCAGGUAAACUCCUAAAUCACAAGGUAAUUGUAGUGUAUUGUCAAGGGUGCUUUACUCAAACUCAGUUAUGUGUCAGUUAGUGUGAUUCAAGUGAGACAACUAUGAGUGUGAAAACUUAAACACACACAGGAGUAUUACCUGUUAGAAUGUGAGUGUGCAAAGGGAAUGCCUUUGAUAAACUCCAUUUCAAAACAGGGUAUGUGUGUAUAAUAGUGUUUUCUCUCUUUUUGGGGGUGAAACUUCUCUGUCUCAUGCUCUCUUGCUCUGUGUCAACAUAUCAUGCUCCUCCGUCAUAUCUGUGGAGAUUCAGGCCCAAUAGCAAUGCAUCUUUCAGUUUGUUGUCAACCGUCUUUUAUGAUUUUGGACAUAAAAGAUUCAGAAUUGCGCAUGAGUGUGUAUGCGUGUCUCUGCACAUCUUUGCUGGUGUGUUUGUACAUGUGUGUUCAUGCAUGUGUGUAUGAGUUGCCCCCUGUGUGCUUGCUUCUAAUGUCGCGUCUUCAUUCUUCAUGAGCAGUGCUGGUGAGUAAACCCUUACAGCAGACAGGCAGACAGGUUGCGGCCAUUUUUAAAGCACAUCUGCUCAUCCGCAAUGUUUCGUUUCGUCUGGACAGGAAUGCGUCUGUGGUUUGGAAACAAUUGAGGUCAGGCCCCGCGUGCAGAAUAAGAAAACAUUUAGGGAGACAGACGGUCAGGCAGGGGUAAUCCACGCUUGGCAAGAGCAUUCCUCAGAGCUCAGGAGGGGUCUCGCAGGAUUCCUCAUGUCUGAUAUUUGCUGCUUCAGAAGUUUGGAGAUGCAACGCACGUUUUUGAUCUGAUCUUGGCCUACAAACUGAUGUAUUUAAAUCACUGCCCUCAGUUUGAUUUUGCAGACGAUUCCCUGAAGUUGUUUACAUGUGCAAGCACAAAUUAUUUCCGUAUUCUUAUGACUGCAAUGUCAGUAUGGUUGCCUACUGCUAAUAAGUUGCACCAGUGUAAUUAAGAUAUCCAGAGUUUAGAAUCUUGUCGAACACCGAGGAACAGAUGUUAUCACAGAAACGCACAAAGAACUCUGAGCAUUCAACAUUUGUUGACUUUGGAUAAAUCUCGCUAAUCGUGACCAUCUAAACCCGUCUGACUGCAUUACUCACUGUAGUGCACACGUGUCCAAACAAAGUCAAAUACACAACUUUAUACAUUCAAAGCAGAUAUGAAUAAGUGUAAAGUUACGUCAGGGUAUUUAGAUGACCCCCAUUGUUAGUAUGUAAAACUGCUGGAAACAUUUCUGAGAGCACAAUAUGAUGAAUUUUCUUCAGCAUAAAGAAGAUAAGAUUAACUUUAUUGAUCCCACAGUGGGGAAGUUCACUCGUCGUGGCAGCUCACAAGAACAGAAAAGAGUGCAGAAAGCAAAAAGUGUGCAAAGACAGUUACAAAAAUACAUAGAGGUAAUAAAUUAAGAAAACAUAGAAAUGCCCCCUGUCACGUCAUGAAGACAUUUCAAGGCCACAUGGAAGCAAGAAAAGGCGUGUGUUCUUUGUGUGCUAACAGUAGAACCUCAUCACAUUUCACCUCGUCAAUAAUUGAUGGUCUGCCGUGGUGAGGUAAGGCUCAUUGUGCCUGGCUGGCUGCCUGGUUGGCUGGGUGGUUGGGUGUGCUGGGUGCUGACAUGUGGCUCCUGUUUUUCUGCUGCCUCCGGUGUAGAUGGGAGUCCACGGCUGGAGACGUGGGGGUCAGGAACCAGCUGUGGGUAAGGCAGUGGUAACAGGAGCAGGUCAGGCCGCUGUUCGGUAUCCAUGCCUUGUCGGUGAUUGAUUCGACCAGCCUAAUGCAUUGGGACCAAUUGAAUGGUCACAGAUGUGUGAACCCCACCCUGCUUGAAACAGAUGAAAGUGUUUACACUGAGGGCUGAAGCUGAUUUUGAUGCCAUAGUGGAGUUUUAUUGUGCAGAAAGGCUUGUUAAAGUCUUAACAAAACAGUUUGAUGAUGUUAAAUGUGUUAUUUAAACACAAUGUAUGUUUAAAAGAUGAUUAAAUUAAAGAUGAAACCGUGUGGGAAUUUGAACUUGUGCCAAAUGGAAUAAGGCUCAGUUUUUUGGGGGCAUUUUUACAGCCUCAGUUUCACCCCAACUUCAACCUUCUGGCAGUUGUAACUCUGUUUUUCUGUCAGGCUGAGUUGGAUGUUAUAACUUAUCAAAUGCCUCGAUAAGCUCAUUGUGCGCCGCUGGGAGCUGGGGUGAAAUUUUGGAUCGGUGCAGAAGUUACAUAACACAAACUGUAGGAGGAUUAAGGAUGGGAAUGACCGGUCCAGAGCUGGAGCCAAAAUGUAGCCAGAGUCUCUCCGAACAGGAUGCCCUAUGUGCACCACGGGGAUUGCGUGCGUAUCAGGGCUCUUAACGCAGCAGGAGUGCAGGCUCUAAUACAUAAAUGCAUGGCAGCUCUGCUCUCAUCUAAACAUUCAAGCAUCCCCCCAGCCACUACAUUUGUGGUUUAGAACGAUUGAAAUGUUUAGCUCGCUGUAAACCUUGAUGACAACAUUGGAAAGAUGGUUUAUAUUUAUGUGUCUUUUAUGCUUCCUGAUGCGUGCAUUUAUGUCAGUAUGAGUAAAUUCUGCAGCAUUAUGUGGUGUUUAAUCUGUUAACAACUUUCUAUACAGAGGAGGGAUUAACACACUUGAUAAUAAGAUGGUGUACAAGACUGCGAGGGAAAUAGGAAACCAAAACACAAGAGAUAGCACUUUUUUCUCUUUCAUUAUGUGCUUAACAGCAGACAAUGUACAAUGGAUUAAACCACCUGUAUUGAGGAGCCGUGAUAACAGUGAUGAAAACACAGCUAAACGUCUGCCUGCCUCCCACAAUGCAGUUCAAAGCGCAUGGGUCCAACAUGUUGGCUCAGGUUGGCAAACGCUCUCGGCAUGAUUGAUCCUCCCUCAGCCCUGACAGAUCGUGUCUUUGCAUGCCGCCGCCACUGUGACGCUCUGAGGCAAACAGUCGGCACGUUGUCUGAGGAAAGAGCAUGAGAGGGUUUACACAGUGUCUGUGCAGGGGGGAGAAUGUGUGGAGGAAACAUGGUUGAUCUGCUGCGAAUGCAACAAGGCUGCGCUGUCUCAUCUAAGGGAAGGGGAUGCAGAGAUUUUGAUGAGCGGAAAUCUUUGAGAUGAACAAAGUGUGUGUAGGUGGACAGCAGAUGGUGUCAGCUAAGAAUAUGAGAGGAAAACUUCUCCUUGCAGCCAUGUGGAUGCAAACAGGGAGACAAACUUACUGUAAGUUCAUGUGUAUUGUUGCUGAACAUUGGAGAACAGGCCUGCCUGCUGGUUUGCCCUCCUCCACUGAAGCUCAGCUGGUUUUGCCCUGCUGGUUAAGGUCUCCAGUGAUAUUAGGUGAUUCCAGGUCACUGGCAACUGCUGGAGGUCUCAUGAUUGGCUGCCGGAAUUCACUCAGCCAAGCUUUACGUUGGGGCUCAGAGAGGAAGAAAAACAGCAGAGGAGGAGGAGGAAUGCAUACACGGUCAACUGUCAGCUUGUGCUUUCAUCACAUGCUCGGAUGUACAGGAUAAAGGCAUGAACUAUGGCUUGAAAUAAUUCCCAUUUAGUCACAGUCAAGUGUGAAAUAUAUACAGAGUGCACACUGCAUACAGAGCAAGUAGAUACAAUGCCAGGAUCUCAAGCCACUGUUGAAGCAUUUCUUCUUCUUUGUCCUUUUGAAGCAGAAAUCUGCUUUAUAACAACUUGUAUCUUUGUAGUUCUGGCCAGCAUUCCUACUGAGGAAGAAGUGGCAAGAAACAGAAACAGUCAGAUAAUCAAACAGAUUGUAAACAAACCCCAAGUUAACCAUACUUAUUUGGAGGAGAAAAUGAGGACUGGUGGUUUAGACCUACCAUACUUGGUUACAUGGUGUUUUUCCACUCAGUUUUCCUUUAAGGGAUUAUUACAGUUAUUACGGGCACGCUUACUUCUGUUUUUACCUCCAAAUAAAGUUUCUAUAAUGUGGAAAAAACUGUUGGCUAAGCUGAUGCCUGAUUGUCUGACUGCUUUGUUAUAAUAAUGUUGUGUUCAUUACUUUGGUGAGUGCACUGUUUUCAGAAACAAUGGACAGAACUGCAAAAGUAAGAGUCAUUAUCAAACUGGAAUUAUCCUUUAAGAUGAGGCUUUCAACGACUGUGUUCCUGCUUUCCGACUCCUGUGUGCUUAAGUGGAAAGUGACCCCCCCCCACCCAAACACCAGUGCAACAUGAGUCUUUGCGUAUAUCAACAACAGCCUGCUACAAGAGAUGGCUUGAGAUAAACUUCUUCUUCACAUAACAGCCUUCGGGUUGCUCAGUUUGGCUACUUUGAUAGGCCAGUUUACACAGCUGGGACAGGUUUACGAAGUGAGCGAUUGGCAAAACAUCUCGAGUUGAUUGAGAUUGAAAGAACAAAUGGAAUAUGUCACUCUGAACAUCUAAUAAAGAAGCCAGUGGAUUAUUUUUCUGUGUGCUUGAAUGCCGUUCAGACACCAUAUAAUUCCACGCCAAAUGUUGCCGGUGAGCAUUUUGCACAAGAAUACUGUUUUGAUUCCCGCUUGUGCCAGUUACUAUAAUUAUGUUUAACACAGAAUGUCAAAUUGCUCUAUAUUUGGCGAUGAUUUUCUUCGGGUGCAGUUGGCUUAUGCUCCAUUGCUCCUGGAACAUGCCUGUGCAUAAGUGGCCUGAAACUUAACCCCUUACAGGGCUGACGCUCAGCCAUAACACAGACUGGAGGAAUGCCAGGCCGGUCCUGUUUAACAAAACAAUAUCUGCCGUGAGAAGUUCCAGAGUAUCCCCCACCCCACCCGACAUUUUUUUCUCCAGGUAGCGUAAUGGUUUGAGGCAUGUUGUAAUAGGAAGAGACACAUUGUGCAAGAGGAACAUGAGUGUGUAAGUCAGUGUGCAGCCUGCAGUUGCACACUUUCACACUCUUUCAUAUGUGUUUAUGAGCAGUCACACACAUAAAAACACCUUCACUUUAACGAUUGCAUGUCCCCACACCCAUAUUUAUGAGUGCACAAACUUCUCACAGAGUCCAAACACACUCACACACUCGUACACACCCAAACACACCCCCUUGUUUCACAGCCUGAGCACUUUGCUUGACUACCUCCUGGAUUUGUCACCGUGUGUUGCACAAUUGGCGUGCCAGGCUCUGCUUUGCCCAUUUCAAUCCGGUCCCAAUAGCAGCAGUUAGCUUGUAGUUCAGCACGCCGUUAUCAGUACAGACAGUCGAUUCACUCGUCGACCAUACGCUUCCCCAGCUGUCUCUUAAUCACUGGGGGUUUUUCCCGGCAGGGAAAAGCUGGCCGUGGCUCGCCUGCAGAGGGAAGUCGCACGGAGCAAGAGCGAAGGAACAAUGCGAGAAAAGCUGAUCCACGAGCUAGAGGAAGAGCGACGUUUGCGACUGGAGAGCGAGAAGCGUCUCCGGGAAGUGACGGAGGAGUCAGAGCUGGGACGGGCGCAGAUGGUCUCACUGCAGCAUCAAUUCUCCAGGAUGGAAGAGACGGUGCGGUCACUGCUGCAGAACCAGGGUGUCCUGGAGCAGACUGCUGUGGACACGGUGGACUUCAUGAAGGUCUACAAGGAUAAACUCUCUGAGGAAGUGCAGAAGCAGCACGAUGGCCCCGAGGAGAACAGCUCCCAGCCGGCGACUCAAACAGAGCCAGACAGCGGGCUGCCGCAGAACGCCGAUCCUGAUGCCAGCCAAGCAGAAGAAGAGGACAAAGACAAAACCAAGAACCUUGUGGAGCGCCUCAAGGCCUUGGAGGAGCAGAACUCUGCCUUGGCCUUGGAGAAUGAGAGCCAGAGGGAACAGUAUGAACGCUGUCUAGAUGAGGUUGCCAAUCAAGUUGUGCAGGCGCUUCUCACCCAGAAGGAUCUCAGAGAGGAAUGUCUGAAGCUACGAACUCGAGUUUUCGAUCUCGAGCAGCAGAAUCGGGCGUUGAGUGUUUUGUUCCAGCAGCGGAUCAAGCCGGCAUCGGACCUGCUUCUCCAGAAACUCCACUCUCGGAUCAUGGAUUUAUCUGCAGCAGAUUUGCUUCUGGAGCCAGAGAGAAGCAAGGCUUUCUUGCUUUCCAGGAAUACAGACUCUCCCUCCAGUGAGGUUCAGCUAAAUGGAAAGGCAGGCUUCCCUGUGGCCAAGUGUCUGAGCCAGCUGAGUCUGACAGUGCCAGCUCCUGUAUACCCACGCAGCAGCUGUAGCAGCAGUGAGUUGUCGCUGUCAAGUGCAUGCAGUGAAUUCUCCAGUGGCUCAUAUACCUGGAAUGAUGGGCGAUCCUGUGGGAAAAUGUCAUCUCUGACCUGGGAGAAGAGAUUGAGUUUAGGUUCGUCAGCUCCUAGUAAUAUCUGUGCUGCACUGGAGGAGCAGCAGCCCACAAGGCGAAAGGAGAGCCACAUACUGGAGGGACUGAGAAAGCUUCAGAGAAGGAAACACAGAAGUUCCUCUGCUUCUUCCAAGGUCUCCAAGUCAGGCGACAAAGACUGCAUGAACUCCAAUGAGGGCAUCUACUCUCUGGGUAUUAAAAGUAGCAGUAAAGGGGUGUCCAAACCUACCCAUUUGGGUACAACUACUGCUGUUGGAGGCAAGAAGUUCUCUUAUGAUUCUGAUGAUGCAGAUGAUGAACUGGCACAUUCCAGUCGUGGAGAUAACAUCCCCACCAAGGACAGCUGGUUUUACUGUAAGAGGCUCUCCCACAGCAUGUCAGACAGUUUGUGUAGCUGGGAGGGGAUACAGGACAGCGGGGGUGGAGGUGACAGUAGCUCAGAUCCUGCGGCUCAGAAACCCCCUUCUGCCUAUGACUCAAAAGAGCGUCCUGAAGAACUCCUUAGUUUCAUUAACAGUUUUCUCCCUGAGGGAGGGCGAACAUCAGCUUUUACUAAACCAUCCAUGCUGCAUUUUAACCCUUCUGACCCAGAGGGUCCUAAUCACCACUCUGAUGUGGAUGAUCCGGAGGAUCUCAACCCUGAGUCCACUGACAUCCGAAUGUCCUUUAGGCAGCCACCAGAGCAAGCAGAGAGGGACUCCAAGAGACUGUCAAGAGAUGCAGCCAAGCUGCUCACACAACAGUGGCUGCGAAGAGACCAGGGACGUACCCAGUCUGCAGAUGGGAGGCCAAGGCCUUUUAGCCUAAUUAAGGAACCCAAAGGUACCAAGUGUACGCAGUCUGAGGAGAGCAUUUUGGCAAUAUUUGAUGCAGAAGGAGAACCAAUUGAACUUUGUGCUCAGAAGGUCACAGCACGUGCUGGGCCUCAAAAUGACAUUCAAGGUAGCAAGGUAGUUGUCAAUUACACAGAACUAGUGCCCCAUGAGAGGCCAACAAGGCAAAAGUCAGCAAAUGCAAGAAACUACACAGCUCUUGAAUCUCCAGAGAAGCUAUCUGAAUAUCAAGUUAGGACUAGCAAUACAAGCAAUAGCAGGGAAGGCAGUGCAGAGAGGCUGUCUAUGCAGUUGACUCCACAGAAGAAACUAAUCAAACCACCGAGUAGCAGAUCUAAUAAAGGCCAUUCCAUCCCUCCCAUGAACGAUUAUGCUGGUCCCAAGUCAAGUGGUUCAAAGAUACCUGGUCGGAACAAAUCUUCAGGAUCCCCACUAAGAUUGUCCAAGGGCUCCACCACUGAACCAAGUAACAGUGGAAACUCAGGAACCUCUGGUCAGGAGAAAUCCCCCUCCUCUCCUGCAGUCAAAAUAUCCAGGUUCAUCAAGACACCAGGAACCUGCUCACAGAGCCCAAAGGCUGUAAACUCCAAGCUCUCCAGCAAGGCAGAAUUGAAGAAAGCUUCCUCCUCCGGUUCUCCACACCUCUUAAGGAAGCACCUGGAGUAUGCUGACAACGGUGAGCAACCAACCAGAGACAAACACUGUGAAACUAGCAAGAAUAAACUCAGGUCCCCAUCUCCUCCUCCUCCCCCUGGCCGCACCACCUCCUUACUGAUCAGACCAAAUUACGAAGGGUCACCUCAAGCACAUAAAACAUGGGUGGCUCAACCAUCCACACCAACCACUGUGAGGGGCCCUCCCCCAAGUUACCACACCUCACUUUUACCAAAUAUGCAAGCUACACUACCCAUUAAGGAUAAAGACUGUUUAGACUUGGAUGCAGGCUAUGGGACAGCACUUGCACCUCAAAAACUGGUUGAAAAAACCAGUCAGCACCUUCAAAAGUCCUCUGCCACAACUCAGACACCUACUAAAGGCACUUCUAAGAGGAUGGCCACAAAAGACUACCUCCCUUCUGCAAACUCAGGGUGUGCUCCAGAAACUGAAAAUGCACCUAAAAGCUCAAAGAAUGUCCCUCCUCCCUACAGUGCCCUCAGAGGGUCCUCACUUCAGAACUCAUUUGCUGGUAAAAGAGGAUCAGCCCAUGAAAAUGUGCAUCAAACAGCGCAGAAGGCCUCUAUUAGUUUACCUAUAUCACUUCAGGACACCUCUCAAGGUAAAACUGAACCACAAAAUGGUAAGGCUGUCAUCAGCCCACCCAGCUCGGUCAUGAUUUCCCCUAACCCAGCAGAAAAGACCUCAAAGACCCGCAUCCCAAUGGGAUUUAAAGCGUUUCUAAAGUCUCCCCCCAGUCAUAAAAAUAGUCCUUCUAUACCAGCCAAGCAAGAGAAAGAUCAUAUCAAUUCAGUGUCCAAGGAGACUGUGACGUCAAAUGCCCAGUGUGAAAGCUUGCAGCCAGUGUGCAUUAAUUCAAUACCCAAGAUAGAGGGGAAUGGUGAGGUCCAGUGUAGGUUAUUGGAAGAGGAACCACACUCUGCUGUGUUACCAGAGGAGGGGGACAUUUGCGAGAAAGGAAAAAGGAGUAGUCAACUUUUCUCGAGAUCCAUAUCUGUUACCACCAAACCACAUCUAAAGCCGGCCUUGGGGAUGAAUGGGGCCAAAGCCCGUAGCCAGAGUUUCAGCACUAACUAUAUUGAGAAGCCCAACAUCAAUGUUUUAGAUGGACCGGGAAAAAUCAGAACUCAGAUCAUCACCAACUCUGGUGAAAGGGGGAACUCUUUGUCAAGACAGAGUUCCUUGGAGGUACCCAGUGUUGGGUUAGCUGAGAGCCCUGUCCAUUCUCCCAGGACUAGGCUGAGCCACUAUGGUGGCAUGACUGGGUCAAAUAGUCACAACAUCUUCCCAGAGAGAACAUCUAAAUCCAGAGGUGAUGGGUCACAGGGUACGGUGAAGGAGGAAGGAGUCACCUCACCUUCUCAAAAAGAGGUGCGCAGCUUACCCAACAGCGAUAGGAGUGGGUUGAACAACAUCCGUAAGCCUGCUAAAGUUGCCUCUCAUCCACAGUUUCAGCCUCCAUCCUCUUCUGUCUACAGUUCAAGAAACCCAGUGCAGGAGACAGGCAUAGCAACCACAUCUAAUGAGCCAGACUUUAGCAGAGAAGUCAAAACCCAGACAGACUCACCAAACAAAGCCCCAGAUAUAGAGGAGAAAAAAAUCAGCCCAACAGUCUGUACCAUUGAAGAGAAAGUCAUGAUGGGAAUUGAGGAAAAUGUACAGAAAUGUCAAGAACAAGAGAAGGUCGCUGCCAAUGAGGCCAAACAGAAAACUGUCCCUUCCCUGGCAAACUGGUUUGGCCUCCGUAAGAGCAAACUUCCAGCUCUGAGUGGUAAGAAAGCAGACUCCCCCAAAGGCAAAGAGGAAAAGAAAGAGUUGAAGAUUGGAUCGGUGCUUGGAGGCAAACAGAUCAAGUCUGACAAGAAAAAGGAUAAGAAAAAAAAUGAUAACCAGCAGAAAGAAAGUCAAGAGGUGCAGAAUCUGUCUGAGAUGAACAACAAGCUGAGCUCCAUUAUGGACCAUUGCAACAAUCAGAUGGGUCAGAUUGCCAGUCAGAUCCAGUGUACGACAGCCUUUAUUGGCAAAGACCAGUUGGUGAAAGAACUUCUUGGCAGGACUGCUGUGAAGGGCAACUGUGUGGCUGCAUCGCCGCCUGGGAUACCCACACCCAAGAAACACGGCGAAAUGAAGGGAGAUAUGAAGAUCUGUCCAGAUUCUGCUACCCUUUUAAUGACUCAGAAGAUCAACCUUAGGGCUGAAAAUGAGGAUGGACGCAUCAGUGACACAGCUUGUCAAGACCACAUGAUAGGCUCCAGUUGUCAGAUGAGAACCCUCGACAGUGGGAUUGGCACCUUCCCUCUCCCAGACUCCGUCACUCGAGCCAGUGGUCGCCACAUCCCCAAAUCUGAAUCCAGCCCUGAUGGGUUGACCGCUGGCUCCUCUGAGCUCGAUCGAGAGUCUUGCUCCUCUCAUGCAGAUCCCUCACAACCUGAUGUGAAAGUGCCUUCCCUUCCAAAAACCCGUCUGCAUGCCCCUAACAUCAUGGGUCACUCCCUGUCCGACCCCAGUGUGACCUGCAGCAACAACGCACAAGACAUUCAGAGCCGCCUGCCCAAAUUAGCAACAUCAAAUGCAAUCAGGACUAAGAGGUUGAGUCUUGGUGCUCCACGCAGCAACAUCUCCACAGAGGACAAAGAGAAAGAAACAGAAAAGAAGAAGAAAACCAAGGACCCAGAUGUGCCCCGUGAAAGAGCCCUGCAAGUGUGCACGUACUCUGGGAGCAGCAGCGACACCGAGACUGAGCCCGAGGGAACUGGAAGCACUUUGGGCUCACCACAAAGGACCCUAAUCUACAGAGCUAAGAAGAGUGACUCAGUCGACCAGAACGUGGAGACCCUGAAGAGAAGCAGUGUGGAGAAAUCCUUGUCAAUCAUGGACUACUACCAGCACGAUGUGUUUUCACAUCUGGAGAAGGACAGCCGGAGGAUUUCCCAGUAUGACUUGUUGCACAGAGAGUCAUCCCUUGAUGGAAAAGCAGGAGACAGACUCAGUAAGGAGCUUCCCAUGGAGAAGACGCCUGGCAGUGCAAGCCAGCCGGGUUCUCUCGACUUCUCUUUGGAGUCCCUGAACAAGCUGAAUCACAGCAGCUCCAGCAGCAGCAGCCUGUAUCCAGACACGGGCUCAGGCGGCCGGAGGGGCGAGCGCCACGUAGAUGUGGGAAAGAGCGGGGAGGACUGCUGCAAGGUGGACGAACCCUCCUCCUCCAGCUUCUCAAGCAAGCCUGGGGCGGAUCUCGUGGGCUCCCUCAGCGACUCACUGUAUGACAGCUUCUCUUCCUGCACCAGUCAGGGCUCCAAUGACGUGUAGGGGCGAUGAGUAAGAGGGCAGGGCUGUAGUCCAGUCUGUGUCUGGUUUCUUGGACAUGUCUGACAUCUGCUCUGACAUCUUGGACAUGUGAAGUUUUUGGCUCUUUUUCUUCUCUUUUGAAAUUCUCUUCUUCUUUUGUUUGGAUGUUGAAGGGUGCAAUAGGCCUAUGGAGUGGAUUUCCAAGCAGAUUUUCAUCUCUGUUGAAUUUUAAGAAUCCCCCUUUAAAGCAUUAGGUUUUUGGAUUUACAAGUAAAAUAAUAUUCAACAGGACUUAGUUUGAUCUCAACCCCCUCUGGAUCUGGUCUUGAUUCAAGCUCAGCAUUCACUUAAUCCUGACUCAGACUGGAAUAGUGUGGUCUCAACUACGGCCCUGCCUACAACAGGUGGACCUGCCUGUCCUCGCUACAUACAACACGAAGCACUUAAGAGGAGCUGGAGACACAAGGAUGAAACCUCAACCAGGACUUUUAAUAGUUUGACUCUGGGUGUGGUGGACUGGACAGCAAUACGCAACCUUGUCUCAUUGCAAUUCCUAGUUAUCUUUCUCCCCAUGCUGGGGAACUUCUUAUCAUUGCACUGUAACAAAUACUGUACAAAAUUUGUAAGGAGUGUAAAGUGAACUUUCAUUCAGGCAGUGAUAAGCAGGGCGUCUUCUGGGAGCGACGCUGAUGUGCAACCUCAGUGUGUAGUUGCAACACAAUUGUUGCUUUGAUGGCAUUCCUGCUUACUAGGAAAUUAGAUAUAAACCUAAGGUGUCAUUUUAUGUUUGCUGCUAAGUACGUUGCCCAUUGAAGUUGCCCAAAAAUUGCCCAUGUGGAGUCACAAUCCAUAAUAAUACAACUGGUUCACCUAUGUCUUCAUUGAUGAAGCAAUAUCUUUAAAAAUGCAUCACAAAUCACAGCAUUUUCUUUCAUUUCUGUUCAUUUUGACUAAUUUCGAAGGCAAAACUUGUCUUUGUGUGUUACUUUGAGCAUUUGUGCAAACAAAACAGAAAAUUGUGAAAAGGUUAUUCAAACGACAUGAAAAUUUUCAAAUUUCAGCUAACAAAACUUAUUUUUAAAAAGCAGUUUAUCUCAUGAUGUCAGCUGAAGCAAAGCAUAUAAUGUUUCCAUGUGAUACAUUAACUAAUCGUGAUGAUGUUUCAGUGUUUGGCUGGCACAUGGGUACAGCUACAGGACCGACUGUUUUGCUUGAACGCACCCAGUGUCACUGUUGGUAGCUCAGGGAACAUACUGGACUAUUGUAGAUUGUAAGAAUUAAAAUGCCGCCAUUAAGAAACUGUUGACAAACACAAAUAACACUCAGUAAUAUUUCAACUUCCUGAUGCAAAUGAAUCCAAACAGUUUAUAAUCUCAUGUAGCACAGCAUACCUGAACUCUCCAAACCUCAGUUUUCCUUUCAUAGUUUGUAUAUUAUGUUGUAUAUAGAAACUGCUAUAAGUUAAUCUCAGAAUGGGCAUUGCUGAUUGAUAUAUGCAAAUGUGGAAAAAAAAAGAUGUAAAUUGUUUUGCCAAUCAUCCAACCAAGGUUUUAAGUCUACUGUUUGAAAAUGGCAUGCAUCUUUUCUUUAGGGUUUCUUGUUUUUUCUUUUAAAAAUUCUUUAUUUUGAUCAAUAAGAGCUAAUACUAAAAUAUUUUAUCACUUUAUUUUAAAGACAUAUUUGAACUUUAGGUGAAGUUAUGCCAAAUCUCUAUCUGGAAUUUGACCAGCUGGUGCUAAUCAACAGAGCCGACUGUGUGUUUCGAUUUUUCUAUGAAACUGUUAAUAUUGUAUGAAGAGAGUCUGAAGAGGACUUGUGUAUUUUUCUAGAUGUCCAGUAUUUAUACCCACAUUUUGUACUGUCAGACUGUAGUGUGAUUGUCAUGCUUCACCUCUCUCCUUAAAUGUUCCUGGUUCCCUUUGUAAAGAGAAAUGGUUACCAGCAGUGUUACUUUGGUAAUUAUUAUUAAUGUUAUUAUUGUUAUUAUUAUUACUGUGUGCAAUUUUGUCUGUUACACCAGACUUUAAUGCUAUAUUUUAUGUAACUAUUUCCUAAAUAAAUACGAGAAACUAUUUCCUCUUUCACGCGGA